ACACAUUUUCCAAGUGAGUUUGAGUCACAACAAACAACUUUUAACCACGGAACGUGCUUAGUAUAGAAAGUGAAUAUUAAAAAUGACACUAUCGAAAGAAUUGCUGGUCGAUUUGAAAGAAAAAUAUGAAAAAACCGAAGUUUUAGUCAUUGACACAAGUAAACUUGAUCCGCCGACAGAACCAUUUAAAUCACAUUAUGAAGCUAGAAAGAUUUUGUUGGAAAUAUCGCAAACCAUUAAAGAGCACAUCGAUGAUGCAAAUGAUGACAUUCAGACGUUGCAAAAUAUUUUAGCUCAUGUAACUGUGGAUCUGGGGAAGAUUUACAAUUUUACGGAGGAACUAUCGGUUGGUGAAAAAUACUUGAACGAAGCACUUGAACUGGUUAAGAAUCAUGAAACGGAUCGUGAAAUAAUUUUAAUUGCUUUAAACGCAAUGAAUGAAUGUGGUGUUAUGUGGAUGAACAGAGGUGAAACAGAGAAAGCCAAAGAAUUCCUCAUCAACGCUGAAACUAACUACAACACAUUCAAAGAGAAACAAGUAGAACCACUUUCUAUUCAUGACAUAUUCAAUGGGAAUACAACGAGUAAAAAUGGACAAGGCGAAAAAUUGUUGGAAAAAAUUAAUGUUCUCACAUUGUUUUAUUUAGCCCAAGUGUUUGGUAGUUUGAAAGACUUGGCAAAAUCCGCUAUCUACUGCCAUACUACAUUGAAAAAACAACUUAUUAUGGGUGAAUUUGAAGCCAUCGAUUGGGCCCUAAAUGCGGCAACAUUAUCACAAUACUUUUGCACAAACAAUCGUUAUUCUGAGGCUCGACACCAUUUGGCAGCAGCCACACAAAUUUUGUUGGAACAUCAGACGAAUAUUUUUAAGCCCGGCAUGACAGACGAUGAAAAGAAGGCCGCUGAAGAUAAUUUUAACCAUCGCGUAGCGGAUCUGAAUCGUUGUUGGAUCAAGUACGCGUUGAAUUUGAUUUCUGAUUCUCGUGAUCGUUUGCUUGAAGAAAUAGGCAUUGAAAGCUUAAAAGUGUCUGAUCCGUUAAAAUUUGGUUUGAAAAUCGAUGAGGCCUACGAGAAUAUAAUCACGGAUCGAUAUUUAUUAGACAUGGAUGAUGCCAAACCAGUUUUCCUAACCACGAUAAAAUGGGUGGAGAAGGCCAAAUCCUACUAUACGAUCGAUACAGAAGCAACGGAAUAUUCGAAAAUUGUUCAGGAUCAUGCUAUGGCCUAUAAACAUUUGGCAUUUUUCGAGAGUGAUCCAUCGAAUCAAGCGAAAAUGCACAAACGACGAAUUGAUUUGCUCGAAGAUUUGUUAAAACAAUUAAACAAAUUGUUUUACAUGAAUAUUGUUCGUGAGUUGCUAUAUGAGUUGGGCACCGCUUAUUCCAACAUCCUUGAUAUCAAACUUGAAGCAUUCGAACAAGGUCAAAAGACACCAGAUACCGUUGUUAAUCCAAAUGCCCUGAAGAAAAUCAAUGAGCUAAUUACAAAGAGUCGAAACAAUUUUAGUGAAUUCAUUUCAACAUAUUAUCAAGCAAAAACUGAACAACUUAAAUCUGAUAUUAGCAAUGAAGAAUUGGUUCCGAUCGCAUUCUCAUAUUUUCAAAUUGCACGAAUCAGUUAUAAAUUUAUCACGCCUGAUAAGCAUCUACAAUACCAGAAUUUAUGCACUUGCCUUGAGAGCUAUAAAAAAUUUGUGGAUGUUUGUACAGAGAAAGAGGAAAUUGGUGAAAAAAUGAAAGGAGAAGUUGGUGUAAGCAAAGAAAUGAUUCAUUUGUUACCGCUAAAGUUGCAACGUUUGAAAGGCGAUAUAAUAGAGUCUGGGGUGAAACCAGCAAUCACCGCUUAAAUUAAAUCUAAUUCGAUUCAUAACUAAAUAAUAAUCAAAUGUCGAAUCUGUAGGCGGGCAAUAAAUAGAAAUACUAAAUUAA